AUGGCAGACAUCUUUAACGUGCAGAUAUUCUUUGUGAUCCUCCGUGAGGCCUUGGAGGCAGUUGUCAUCAUAGCAACGUUACUUGCGUUUGUGAAGCAGAGCUUGGGUGCAAAAAGCAAAAAGAUCAGAAGAAAGUUGAAUGUUCAGAUUUGGGUCGGCUCUAUUGCGGGAAUAGUGGUGUGUUUGGCAAUUGGGGGUGCAUUCAUCGGUGUAUAUUACUCGCUCAACAAGGAUUUGUGGGCGACGACGGAAGAUCUCUGGGAGGGGAUAUUCUGCAUUAUUGCAACCGCCUUGAUAUCGGUGAUGGGAAUCUCGAUGCUUCGGAUCAACAAGAUGCAGAGCAAAUGGCGGAUUAAGAUUGCCAAGGCUCUUGCCAAGCCGCCAAGCAAGAGGUCGACCGGUUGA